CAGUUCCCAAAGAAGACGGAGGCGGAGGUUGAUGACGUCACAGAAAAAAAAAUGGAGAGAAAACACAUGUCGGCUUUUGCCUUGUAUCAAACACUAGCCGAGGAACUGCCGCCCCCAGCUAAGAAGCGUUCAUUGCAGGUGACCACGACAAAGAAGAAAGAGGAGAAUGGGGCUGCAGAUGCCAACGUCAACAUUGCGAGUCCUGCGAGGAAAAAGAAGAAGAAAACACGGAGGAAAGUCAAGCGCCAAGCGGCAGGCGCGGGGGAAACGUCAACACAGACAAUCGCUGAUGUGCAUGAGGGCGCAAACGCGGGCGAGGAGACCUUAGAUGCGUUCCUGGCCGAGCUGGCGAGAAUAAACAGCAGCAAGGAGCGCGCCAGCAAGCUUUUCCAGUGGCUCAUCGACCCCGUUCCCGCCAAGGCCUUCUUCAGAGAAACAUGGGAGAAGAAACCCAUUCUUGUUCAGCGUAAAAAUCCAGAUUACUACAAGGGAUUAUUCUCCACAGAAGAGUUUGAUCGCAUUCUACGACAGGAGGAUGUUCAGUAUGGAGUCAAUCUGGACAUUACAAGCUUCAUUAAGGGCAAGAGGGAAACACACAACCCCCCUGGGAGAGCUUUGCCCUUCACUGUGUGGGACUUCUAUCAGAGCGGCUGCUCUCUGCGUAUGCUGAAUCCUCAGGCUUUCUCCUCCACCGUCUGGAACGUUCUGUCCAUCCUGCAGGAAUUCUUUGGCAGCAUGGCGGGGGCCAACAUGUACCUGACGCCGCCCGGAACACAAGGAUUCGCCCCACAUUACGAUGACAUCGAGGCAUUUGUCCUUCAACUGGAGGGAAAGAAGCACUGGAGGGUGUACAACCCAAGGUCAGAAGACGAGGUCCUUCCUGUCCUUUCAAGCCCAAAUUUUGACCAGGCGGAGAUCGGGAAGCCCAUUCUCGAAGUGGUCCUGGAGGCAGGAGAUCUGCUCUACUUUCCUCGCGGAUUCAUCCACCAGGGCGACUGCCUGCCGGACACACACUCCCUGCACCUCACCGUCUCUUCCUACCAGAGGAACAGCUGGGGAGAUUUACUGCAGAAGCUGGUCCCGGCCGCACUCGAAGUGGCCAUGGAAGAGGACGUGGAGUUCCGACAAGGCUUGCCCUUGGACUACCUCUCCUACAUGGGCGUGCAGAAUUCCGACAAGAACGAUCCGCGGAGGAAGGACUUCUUCUCCAAGGUCGCCGUCCUGAUCGGCAAGCUGAAAAAUUUUGCGCCGGUCGACGCAGCCGUGGACCUCAAAGCCCGAGACUUCCUGCAGGACUGCCUUCCUCCAAAGCUCACUUCAGAGGAGCUGGCCUGCAGUGUGCACGGGGCCCCUGCUAGGUGGGAGAAGGGGCGGGUCACGGACACAGGAGCGCAUUUCACAAGCCAGACUCGGGUUCGCCUUCUUCGUGAAGGGUGUGCCAGGUUGUGCAGUGACGGAGAUGCCGUCCAUCUCUACUACACCACCCACAACUCCAGAGUUUAUCACAAAGAAGAGCUGAAAAGCUUUGAAAUAAAACCCGAGCACACAGAUGCCGUCGAGUUCUUGAUCCAUUCGUAUCCCAAAUUUGUGACUGUAGGAAGUGUUCCAUGUACUUCGCAGGAUAAGAUUUGUUUGGCAGAACUGCUUUUCGAGAAGGGGAUUAUUCAGACUGCAAAGAGUCCGUAGUUGGUGUCAACAUGACAGAAAAAAACUCUAAUCUAGUGUAAAACUAGAAAUUCAUGGUUGAAUGUAUACAAAAUGUAAUUUAAAAUACAUUGCCAAUGGACAAAACCACAAUAAAGAGUAGGUGCGCCAUCUA